CACGACUAAAUAGGAAAUAUACUUUUUCGGAUAAGUUUUCCUCCUAUCUUGGAAAUGUAGGUGGAAAGGUAGGGCACGACUAGAUAGUAAAUAUACUUUUGCCAACAACAUUUAUGCUUGAUCAUGCAGCAUCCAAAACUACUCUCUCCCCCGGAACAUAACACAGUGCACCUUGAUAUUGAACGUAUACAAGCUGUCUCUCAAAUCCGAUACAAUCGAGAUGAGGGUGCGUUGCAUUCCGGGCAAGAUGUGUACAGCUGUUAAGAAGCCGACAGGACGAAAACAAGGAGAAUGCUCGGCUUACAUUCCUUCAACAGUGGGGCUCAGUCUGGGACAACCACUGCGGCUUUCCCUGGGAUCGAGGAUGGGUGUACAUCACCUUCACACUGUUUGCCGCAUGCGAACCAGCAAUUCGACCAAGACCUCAAAUCAGGGACGGGGAUUUGGGCGAAGCCAGAAAACAGCAGGGCGACAGUCGCGCACACGAGAGGCAACGGACACAGUGGAGAACCAGGAUCUGGAGUUGAAUGGCAAGAUCGUAGAUGGGAUCGGGGCAGGAGUAGCUGGUGAUAGAGGAGGAAGGGAAUCUGGAGAGGAGACCGUAACAGCAACGGCAUCGGUUGCUCAAGAAGAGGUCGCUCAGCCUCCAGCUCCUGAGGACACUGGGAUUUCUGUGGAUGAUUUGAUGGCAAUGAUUCGAGAUGCUGAAAAGAACAUUCUUAUGCUGAACAGGGUGAGGGUGCGGGCUGUGGAAGAGCGUGAACAAAUCCGGGCAGAGAACCAGAUGUUGCAAGGGCAGGCCAAAGUCUUGACAGCUCGCUUGGCUGAGGCGGAGGCAAAAGCAAAACUGACAUCUCAACUGAAGGCAAAGAAUCAACUGCUUGAAGAACAGCUCAGCUCUCUUCAGGCCAAACUGGAAGCAAGUGUAAAUGGGUCAUCUGGUAUAACUUUGGAGGCAAUCAGGACUGACAAUGAGGCUCUGGUAGAUCAGAACACAAAACUUCAAGCCAAGGUGAGAGAGCUGAAAGAGUUUGUGCAGCAACUCAAUCAGGCAGAAUCGACGAAUUCAUCGCUUAGAGAACAGCUUGAGAUGAUGCGAGCACAGUUGGCAGAGGCACAGUUGAAGGAGAAACUGUCUUCCGAGGCGAAAUCGCAGAGUGAGGUUUUGCAAGAACAAGUGGGGCAGCUGCAGGCCCGUGGCAUGGAGUCCGAUAUGAAGAUUCGAACACUGGAACAGGCCUUGGUUCAGAGCAGAGAAGCCGAGGACGAGGUGAGAGCGCUUAGGAUCGCAUUAUUGGACUCGAAGAAAACGGUUGCCAAAACUGCUGAUGAGCUGGAGAAAGUUCAGGAGCAGCUGCAACUGGCGACGGCAAGCCUUGCGGAGAAGGAGGCAGAGAGGGAGUUGUGGAGUCGGGUUCAAGCAGAAAACGAGGUCUUACGCGAUCAAGUCGACAUGCUGAAAGACAGGUUACGCGAUGUCGAUAUUGAGUUGCGAGAUCAACUUGAGAGAUACAAAGCAGAGGUGGCGUAUUUUCAGGAGAGUAUGGAGGAUCUGCGUUCCACUAGUGUAGACGUGGAUGGCAAGGUUCCAGUGGGCGAGAUGCCGUGGGACUUCUGGAGCAACUUGCUUCUGCGAAUUGAUGCCUUAGCUCUGAGUGAACUCAUCACAGCAGAUGAAGGUAUAGAGUUGCGGAUGCUUGCCUGGGAGAGGGACCUGCGUAUCCGUGAUGCCUUUCUAGCGGUGCAAGAGGAAGCUGACAACCAAGUUGCAAACUCGCUGCGAAGCCUCCUGAAGUCAAAGCAGAGGCCUGGUAUGCAUAUCAUCCAUAUUGCAGCAGAGAUGGCUCCUGUAGCAAAGGUUGGUGGUCUUGCUGAUGUAGUGACAGGCUUGGGGCGAGCUCUCCAGAAGAAAGGACAUUUGGUAGAGUUCAUCCUUCCCAAGUAUGACUGUAUGGACUACAGCCGAAUCAAGGGGUUAAAGGUCAUGGACUUCGAUUUAUUCUCCUACUUCAAUGGGGAGGCAUUCAAAAACAAAGUAUGGAGAGGGGUAGUGGAAGGUUUGCCCGUGUAUUUUAUCGAACCUCUUCAUCCUGGGCGCUUCUUUUGGCGGAGGAGUUACUAUGGUUGCCAUGAUGAUUUUGAGCGGUUCACAUACUUUUGCCGUGCGGCGUUGGAGUUUUUGUUAAAAACCAACAAACGACCAGACAUCGUUCACUGCCAUGACUGGCAGACAGCAGCUGUGCCUCCUUUAUAUUGGGAUAUCUAUGCUCCUCAAGGGCUGAAUUCUGCCCAGGUGGCUUUCACUUGCCACAACUUUGAGUACCAGGGUGCUGCUCCUCCCGCUUCGCUGAAUGCUUGUGGCCUCCACAGCCACAGAUAUCAUCGGCCAGAUCGGAUGCAAGACAACUUCGCCCCGGACAGGAUAAAUCUUCUGAAGGGUGGGAUUGUCUAUUCGAACAUCGUAACGACUGUGUCGCCAACAUAUGCACAAGAAGUCCGUGGGCCAGAGGAAGGGAGGGGAUUGCAUGUCACUCUGGGACAGCAUGCCUCAAAGUUCUACGGAGUCCUGAAUGGAAUCGAUAAUGAGGUUUGGUGUCCUUCAACAGACCCACUGCUGGAGUACCAGUACAGUCCCGACGAUCUUGGUGGGAAAUUCGCCAACAAAAUGGCACUCAGGGCAAGGUUAGGGAUGUCCUGUACAGGGGCCGAUGCUGAAAAGCCAUUGGUUGGCUGCGUAACAAGGCUUGUUCCGCAGAAAGGGGUUCAUCUGAUCCAGCAUGCGAUUUAUCGGACGGCAGAGCUAGGUGGCCAGUUUGUUCUUCUGGGAUCGAGUCCAGUUCCUCAUAUUCAGGCACAAUUUGAGGGAGUUGCUCGUGAAUUCGAGAAUCAUCCCCAUGUGAGGCUUAUUCUUAAGUAUGACGAAAGUCUUGCACAUGCGAUAUAUGGCGCUUCGGACAUUUUUGUUAUACCGUCUAUUUUCGAGCCAUGUGGUCUGACACAGCUCAUUGCGAUGCGAUACGGUUCUGUUCCAGUUGCAAGAAAGACCGGUGGUCUCAACGACAGGUACAGGAUUCUGAACCUGGUCCAAUCUGGUCUCAACUUUGCGUUGGAUCGAGCUCUCGGCUAUUUCAUGGAGAGCAGGGAGUGGUGGACCGAAUUGGUGACGAAGGUCAUGCAAAUGGAUUUCAGCUGGGAUAAGCCUUGUGAGGAGUACAUUGAUCUGUACCAAGCAGCGCUGGCAAGGCGAACUGUUCGGUAAUGCAAGCGGCAAUUGUGGGUCGACGCUGGCGAGAAGGCAGGCAGGCUGGCUGGCUGGCUGGCUGGCUGGCUGGUUGGUUGGCAAGCAUUUCCCCCCCCCCCCCUCCUUAUCUCCCGACGUGCUUGUACGUCCAUACUUCAAGUUCGUCGCAUUGUCUUGUGCGUACUCGGUCCCCCACAUACUGGUGAGGUAAUCAGCUCACCACACUGACUCUCUCCCUCAUGUAGGCAGGUGAUUUUACCUCAUAGCAUCCUAGUAGACUCCUAGCACAUGCGAAGAACACCCUCGCGCUCUCUUUCUCUCAAGGGCAAUCAGCACACCUCAGGUUCGGGUUGUCAGACCAGUCACCUCCCAGCGACAGGCUCUCAGAUCCGUCCUCCUCCUUAAUGUUUAGUUUCUAUGAGCAAUCACCAUACCGCUGUGUUGUUUGUGCAAUGCCAGUUGCAAUAGACGUCCGCUGCGAAGCUCAAAUAUUCUGGUAGGUUUAAGUUAUUCAUUCACCUCAUGGGGAGCAACCAUCGGGAGCACUCACAGGACGCCUGAAGUUACAUCACACAACUGUAUUAUAUCUAUUGCAAGUAGUAGCCAUAGUUUUGUGAACUGUGAAUCUGUGGAAGCUGUGCUCCCUUCUCUCCCUCCCCUACGUCGCCCCCUUCCUGCUCCUCUCUGGACAUCCUCUAUGAUGUUUGUUACUU